CGGGUCAAGCCACAAGUGAUGGGCGAUCAAAUCGGGCAAGGGCGCCAAUUUGAUAUAUUGCGGGCUAAUGAGGUGCAGAUUGGCUGGCCUGGAUUCCUUCGGAUGAUAGAUGGCGUGCCAUUAGAGGUGCCACGAAAUGACGGCAUCCACGCCUCGCAGAUGAGCACUCUGGUUGUCCAGGAUCAUGUCCAAACUGGUCCAUGCAAUCCAUCAUUUUGCCAAUGGCGGGAUGCGAUGUAUAGUUUAUCAUAAUUGCAAAGCCAGCCGAAGAGCCGAGCCAUCUACAGGCAUUUGUUCUGGGACGACCCCAAAAGAACUCGUUGCUGACCCAAUUCCGAUGGCCACUUCACUUUUUUCCUCGCCAGCCAAUGGCAAACUGGUUGCGAGAUUUGUGUCAGCUCCGAUACUCGAACUCGUACUCGCAUCCAUGCAGACGUCCAACUAACAUAUGUUGUCCAUGUCCAUGUCACAUUAGGCAAUGUUUGACAGGCGCCGAUCCGCAACUCUGUGAGAUGGGCAACCGCAUUGCAUCCAGUAGAGGCGCGGACAUAGCCGGCGAGGGAGCCGCCGGCGAGGGUAACUCCAGGUUCAAUACCCGCCGCCGCUAUCAGCAGCACAAGAGGGAGUACUGUCUGCAGAACGAGUACCGAUCGAAGACCCUGCCCGCCCGCCAUCCGCACCACAGCGAUCCCCACCAGAGCCACCAGAAGAGCAGCGACCAGGAGCGCUUGGGCUCCAGCAGUUGCUUGGGAGCUGGACAGAACGCGUCCAACAACGCAACGCCGCACAAUGGAGAGACGUCGAGGGUGCUCUUUCUGCUCUACUUGAUACACCGCACCUGGAACGUGGUCAUGGACACGAUGGACUCACGCACCAAGAGUCGUUCGCCCAGAGAAAAUUCCCCCCAAAAAGAGGCGCCCGUGGCCGUGGAUAUUGAACUGCAGCCGCGGGUUCUGGACGAAGAAUGCUCCAUUGGCAUCACCGACUUGGACGCCUCGUCGUUGUGCUCCCAGUACUCGUGCUGCAGCUGCAGCUACUGCGACGUGGACACCACCGGGACACAGACAAAUGUCUACAGCUCAAUUGGCGACGACUUUUCCCUGGACUCCAUGUACGAGGCGGGAAAGUCGAUACUUGGCAGCGACAGCUCGACACUGCAGCGACACCAUCCGCAACCCCGUCACCCGGCACAGCUCCACCUCCAGAUGGCUCCCAGUGUGUGCGAGAUGGCCGGCCAGGGUCAAAGUGGUCCGGUGCCCCCGCAGAAAGCAGGCGGAUCCAACAGCUCGGGCACGAACAAGUGCGGUGCCAGCAGCCUCAAUGGCUCCCUGGCCUCCUACAAGAUUGGCGGCUCCGAACAGAGUUGGCCCCAGGCCCCAGUUUACAGCAAGGAAAAUCAACGUCCACCUGUCUACAAUCCCGAGGACUACGUGCACUCGCUGAGAAAGUUCAUCAAGGCCAGCGGUUCGGCCAAGAAGCUAUCCAUAUAUGAUGUGUGCACGGGUCCAACUCCGAAGGAAGAGGCCUCCAGAUCAGCCACCUUACCGGCCAAGCACUCGGAGUACAAAUCUCCCAUUCCUGCUCCACCAGAAAACGACAGAGAGAUGUCCCUGCGUCAGUUUGGCUCCAUCACCGAUUUGUUGACCAAGUUGCGAGCUGAUCUGCGAGUGUCCUUUCCCAGCUUCGUUCAGGAGUUCGUGGGCACUCCAGCGGAUGGUAUCAGCCACUUGCUGGAAGUGCUGCGCGCCAUUCAAAUGGCCCAGGCCAGCAACGCCCCUGCUCCAAUGCCAGGAGCCUCCAGUUCCCUGGCCAUGACCAGGAAUCCCCAAAGCUAUCAGCGCCGUGCUCUGCUGGACGAACUGUCUUGCCUGCAAUGUCUGAGCAUCUGUUGUUCGCGAUCUCUGGAUGCCAUAGCCCGUUUGGGAAACACACCCGUGGGUCUCAUGCCACUGGCUUCUUCGGCCACGGGCCAGGGCAUCCGAGCUCGCAUCCUGGCGCUCCAGUUGCUAGCCUCCGCCUGCGAUCGCCAGCCCUUCGGCAGCGGCAGUGGUGGUCAGAAGAUAGCCUCUGCAGGGCACACAGCCGUUUCGGAUGCCAUGUCCACGCUGCGAUUGAGAUGCAGUGAACCAGUUCGCUUCCGCUUGCUGGUCGGCAUCCUCAACAGCGGCGGUGGCUCCGGCGAACUGCAGUGCGCGGGUGUUAAGUUUCUCAACACAUUCAUUGAGAGCGCCGUAAGCAUUCAGCAGCGUCUGUACAUCCAGGCUGAGCUCUUCCAGGCAGGACUGGAUGCCAGCACCCUGGCUCGCACCAUCUCCUCCUCUUCGCCCUGGCUGGAUGCUCUGAAGAUCGAGGUGAAGCGCUUCAACGAGCUCCACAUCGACGUGGACCAGAUGAUAACCCGGGCCAGGGAUGCGGAGCGGGUGCGCAGCCAAAUGGUGAUCCUGGAGCGAAGGGUUCAGAUUCUGCACGAGGAGAAGGCCGUGCUCACGUCCAUGGAGCGGCGCCUCCAAGAGCGUUGUGCCGAACUGCAGCGUGAGAUCUUCCGGCUGCAGGGCACGCAGCAGCAGUCCAAAUUCAAGCCCGUGGAGUCCUCCCAUCAGCCAGUGGCGCUUCCGCGCCAGGUGCCGCCACCCAAGAAGAACAAGCAGAACAGUUCGGAGCACGAGGACGAGGGCAUCAGCAGUUCGGAGACGGGUGCAUCCUUGAGUCCAGUGCCCAUCUUGGUCCUCCCCUCCAAGGCGAAGACAUCGCGAAAGGUGGUCGAGGAGGAUGAGGACGACGCGGCAACCAUUGAGGAUGUCAUCGAGGAGCUGGACAACAUUGUCAGUGAGGCCGAGAAGCAGAUCAGCAGCCAGACGAGCAGUGUUUCCCGCUCGAAGAUGCGCCACCAUCGUCCCGUCGAGAAGGACAUUGUGCCGGUCAACAUAGUACCACAGCCGCCCAGAAAAUCCCGGUCCCUGGCACAUCUGGUGCCCCGCACCGACUGCUCCGAUCAGGAGGGAUCGGAUUAUGGCAUGGUGGUACACCAACCAGGAGAUCCCGAUGCCGCCGAGCGACUGGCGGCCAUGCAGAGCUUCUUCGACGAGGUGGACUACGAUGCUCCAGAGACGGAUCAGCCCGCUGCCUACCAAAUGGAAUCACCCACGCCGGACAUGCCAGAGGCGAAUGCCACUGCCACGGCGUACAAUGCGAGCACAAAUCGGGAGCUGCUGGACGUGAUCAUGAAUGCGCGGCAUGACGAACACGAUCCCACAAUGCAGGCCCUGCGCAAAAGUGUCCAGGACGCAGCGCCCGUGACGAUUCCCCAUCACCCGGUGAAGGUCAAGGCCCCAGCACCACCGCCUCCGACUCCGCCAGCCCAGCAGUUUAACGGGGUCUUCUUCAUGACCGGCAUGAACACACCUCAGAAGUACCCCAAGCCGGACAUCUCGGCUGCCCUGCAGGCCCGAAGAGUCACCAAGAACGUGGAGCGUCUGGAGGCGGCCUUCGCCUCCGCGCAUCCGGAAGCCCUCAACGAAGCAGCCAUCGGCAGGGAGAAGUCGCGCAGCAAUCAGCAGAUAUACUUCACCAGUAACCUGGCGAUGAGGAUGCACGAUCACACUGGCUUUGCCAAUCCCGGCGGUGGCCAGAUUCAGGGUCCCACCCACCGCACUCGAUCCCACACCCAGGGUUCCAUGUCAAAGGUCACGGAUCUGCCGUCCGGCCUCUACUAAGCGAUACUCCAAACUAGAUGCUCUUUAAGAUUCUCCAGCUCCUGUGCAAUAGCAACCCACUCCUAGGUUACAACAGCCCAUUAGAUCAGAUCAGCGUAUUUAUAGAACACCUAAUGGUGUUUCAUGCAUUACAAUAAACACGUUUCUUAUGCAACAUCUCGAGAUAAGUGCAGCCCAGACUAGGUUAGUUACGGUGGCAGCUUCAACCGGGUAUCUAGCCAGUAAGACCUAGUACGUAGUUCAUGUCUAGCCUAAUUGAUUACAUUUCAUUGAAUAAAGUUUUUAAACUAAA